GCAGGCUGCGCCCAAAGGCCCACGUCGGUGCCUCACUGCGCUAUGAACCGAGCGCGGGCGCAGAGCGCGCCGCUCGACGUGCCGCCGGAUCUUGCUCCCCACCGCCUCGUCGCGGACCUCCUGUCGAUGCGGCUCGGCGGGUGGGAGGCCCGGCGGACCGCCGUGGUACACGUGGUGCAGCGCGAGCGCGGAGUCACAUGCGGAUGGGUUGCGAGCGGCGGAGCGCAGUUUGAGGACAAAAUUGCGGCCGUGCGCGAAGCCACCGACUCGGCUCGCCCUUCCCCAACCGUCGCCGAGGCCGUCGCCCGCAUCCGGAGCGAGGCUGACGCGGCGGUUGCAAACGCGAGGAGCUGCGGCGGUGAGGACGCGGGCUGCGAGCUGAGCGGCGUGGCAGCCCUGGCGCCGAGGUUCCACUCCGUCUUCAGCGACUGGAACGCGCUGCUGCAGCAGGCGCUGGCCGCCGCUCCGGACGAGGUGGCGCUCGCGACCGGCGAGCCGGCCUCUCCCGAGGCGCCGCGCGAGGCGUCGGCGGCGGCGGCUAGCUUCGACCCGCGGGCGGUCAAGGCGUACGCGGCCUUCGCGCACCUCAAGGAGGCGACGGGCAUCGAGCGCGCCUUUCUGUGCGGCGCGCUUGCCCUUCCGGAGGAGGCGCUGCCCCACCUCCCUUCGCGCGCCUUUGCGGACCUGGUGAUCGGGCUGCAGCAGCAGCGCGCCUUCGAGGAGCGGGUGCGGCAGGCGGCCUCGCCAAAGCUGCUCGAGCUGAUUCGCGCAGGCUUCGAGCUCAAGCCGGAGCUGCAGCGGCUGCAGGAGCGCCUCCGCUGCGACUUCGACAUCGCCGCGCUGCGCGCGACCCUCUCCGCGGACCGCUGCUGGCAAAUCAUGACGGACCACCUCGACAAGCUGGAGCAUCAGACCCCCACAGAUCUCCCCACAUCUCCCCUUUAG